AUUAAAACUUCAUGUGUUUAAAAGCAAAGUAAAAUGACCAUUUUACUGUUUCUCUAGAAUAAAUGUAUUUCUUAUGGACAUUUUAGAUCUAGCCAACAAAUGAGGCAUUAGCACAGCUACUAAUCAUCAUUUUCAAUUUUUGUAGAGUUUGCAAAGUCUCAAGACCUGCCUUAUCAAUCACUGUCCAUAGAUACUUUUUCUUAUAUGAACGAUGAGUAUGUCGUCAUCGCUCAGCCUUUUACUGGAAAGUGCAUUUUCCUUGAAUGGGACCAUGUAGAAAAGACCUUCCGGAAUUAUGACAACAUCACAGGCACGUCCACUGUAGUGUGCAAGCCUAUAGUCAUUGAAACUCAGCUCUAUGUCAUUGUGGCCCAGCUGUUUGGCGGCUCUCACAUCUAUAAGCGAGACAGUUUUGCAAAUAAAUUCAUAAAAAUCCAGGAUAUUGAAAUCCUCAAAAUCCGAAAACCCAAUGACAUUGAAACAUUCAAGAUUGAAAACAACUGGUACUUCGUUGUUGCUGACAGUUCAAAAGCUGGUUUCACUACCAUUUAUAAGUGGAACGGAAAUGGUUUCUACUCCCAUCAAUCUUUACAUGCAUGGUACAGGGAUACUGAUGUGGAAUAUCUAGAAAUAGCCAGAACACCUCAGACUCUCAGAACGCCUCAUUUAAUACUGUCCAGCAGCUCCCAGCGUCCUGUCAUUUACCAGUGGAACAAAGCAAUACAAUUAUUCACUAACCAAACUGACAUCCCCAACAUGGAGGAUGUAUAUGCCGUUAAGCACUUCUCAGUGAAAGGCGAUGUGUACAUCUGCUUGACAAGAUUCAUUGGUGAUUCCAAAGUAAUGAAAUGGGGAGGGUCCUCAUUUCAGGAUAUUCAGAGGAUGCCAUCACGAGGAUCCAUGGUGUUCCAGCCUCUUCAGAUAAAUAACUACCAAUAUGCAAUUCUUGGAAGUGAUUAUUCCUUUACUCAAGUGUAUAACUGGGAUGCAGAGAAAGCCAAAUUUGUGAAAUUUCAGGAAUUAAAUGUUCAGGCACCAAGAUCAUUCACGCAUGUGUCCAUUAAUAAACGCAAUUUUCUUUUUGCUUCCAGUUUUAAGGGAAACACACAGAUUUACAAACAUGUCAUAGUUGACUUAAGCGCAUGACACACCAAAUUCUGUGGCUGCCAUCAGUAACUUUCUACAGUACCUGAUCCGGAUGAACUCAAAUGCAUGACGACUCUUCUUUUCACACUUGCAAAUGAAUGCCUUUCAAACAUUGAGACUGCUAGAACCAAGCACUACCCAUAUCUCCAUCUUUACCUGUCCAGUCCAGUGGUGUGGGAAGUUACCUUUUAUAAGACAAAACUGAAUUGUGUAACUGUUCUUUGCAGUGAAGAUGUGUAAAUAAGCGUUUAAUGGUAUCUGUUACUCCAAAAAGAAAUAUGAAUAUGUACUUUUCCAUUUAUUUAUUCAUGUGUUCAGAAACAACUGCCAAAUAAAAUGUUUACAUUUUCUUUCAUAUCCCAAAGGUAAUUAUUCACAGGAGUUAUUUUAUUCUUGGUAAUAGUAUGUUGAGUAAAGAGUUUUAUACAAUGGGGUUAUAUUUGGGUUGAGAAUUUAUGUAGUAAAUAAUGAGUGAAGAUGAACAUUCAGAUUGAUUGCCUAUCAUUUAUUAUCAGGUUGAUCAGCUGAGUUUGAAUAUUCAAAGGUGUUUCUAAAGGGCAUGGUUUUGGGGAACACUUUGGGGUGAAAUA